GGCCUCACCGGCCAGCCGAAAACGCAAAAUUCAGUUCGUGCUGUAUCCGUACUAUUCGGACGACGUCUAGCGUCUGUUCAUCAGUCGAAAGGCAGAUUUUACUCCUCAUCAGUGAAUUCACCGUCUAAAAUGGUUGCUGACGAUCUGAAAGAAAAUGUUCCGCUUCAAAAGGAGGCUAAAGAUAUCGCAUGGCAGACGGAUUUGAGCCAUGGGCCCGAAUUCAAUGUCCAAAAACGCAUUCGACAUGUGGGACAGCUUGCGUACAAGGCUGAUAUCGCUCAGAAGGAUCCAACACCUAUCAAAAUUACUCUCCCUGAUGGCAAGCAGUUCGAUGCUGAAGCGUGCGCUGAGAAAAUCUCCAAGGGUCUAGCCGAGAAUACUGUGAUUGCUAAAGUCAACGGAGAGGUGUGGGAUCUUGAUCGACCAUUCGAGGGCGAUGCUACCUUACAACUGCUGAAGUUCGAUGACGACGAAGCGAAACAGGUGUUCUGGCAUAGCUCAGCCCAUGUCCUCGGAGAAGCGAUGGAGCGCUACUGCGGUGGACACCUUUGUUAUGGGCCACCCAUUGAAGAGGGUUUCUAUUACGAUAUGUGGCAUGAUAAUCUAACCAUUUCGAAAGAAGAUUUCCCAAAUAUCGAUCAAAUCGUAAAAUGCGCCAUCAAGGAUAAACAGCCGUUUGAGCGUUUGGAAAUGACGAAAGAAGAUCUCUUGGAGAUGUUCAAGUAUAAUGAGUUUAAGGUGCGCAUUAUCAAAGAGAAAAUUCAAUACCCCGAAAACAACUGUAUACCGCUGUGGUCCCCUGAUCGAUCUUUGCCGUGGCCCGCAUGUGCGACACACAGGAAAAAUCAAGUGCAGAUAAUUCUCUCUUUGAAGGCUAUGCAAAUCACCAAAGCGUCGGCGUCAUAUUGGGAAGGAAAAGCAGAUGCUGAGAGCUUGCAGCGAGUUUAUGGAAUUUCAUUCCCUGAUCCGAAGCAACUGAAAGAGUGGCAGAAGUUCCAGGAGGAAGCAGCUAAACGCGACCAUCGUAAGCUUGGACGAGACCAGGAGCUGUUCUUUUUCAACCCUCUGUCGCCUGGAUCUGCCUUUUGGUAUCCAAAAGGUGCUCACAUUUACAACACUUUGGUGAAUUUCAUUCGGAAAGAGUAUAGAAAACGUGGCUUCACUGAGGUUAUCACACCAAAUAUGUACAACAGCAAACUAUGGGAAACAUCAGGGCACUGGCAACACUACGCAGAUGAUAUGUUCAGGUAG